AUGUCUAGUCCGGCCUCACCAUUGCAUCCUCCCGAGAACGGCGGCUCGACACCGACGACCAAGACAAAGGAAAAGAAGCGAGUAGGCUUCUCGGCGGGUGAUGGAACGCCGCUGAAAGAAGAAAUCGGAUUUUCAUGGGAAACACCACAGCCGGGAUUGUCAGCACCAGCUACGUCGACAACAGCCCAGACGAUACCACCGGUGUCGAAGCAAUCUGGUACCGACCAGCAUGGGAGCCAAGCGCACUCGCACUCGGACGCGGACGUGGACGCAGACCAGGGUGGCGACCAUUCUCACGACGGCGUGGACCACAAGGAGUUGACACGAGCACUGUCUCUCAUCCUGCAGGAAGAGGGCCGGCCAGAAUCGUCGUCGUCGUCGUCGAAGCAGACGACACAGCAGCCGCCACAGAUUCAGCUGCCGAACCGGACCUACUUUCCCUCGGAGCGACAACAGCAGUCCGAGCGAGCGGCCAAGGAGCGUGCCGACCGAUUGGCGCAGAGCGUUGAGCGUGCUAAUUCCACGCCCGUCUCCCGGGCCACAUCCAUUGAUGGCGACUCCGAUGCCGAGGAAGACGCGGCCACAGCGGCGGCAUCUGCCCUGCAUUUCCGCCGACGCCGGCGGACGGGCCAGACGAACGGAAACGGUGAUCCGGACGGCGACGCUGUCGAUCUGGAGCGUGGUAUCGACGCGUCGGAGCUCGACCAAGCCCAUGCCACGGCCCUGCGCCUGGUGCGCUCGCACACGGUCAGAGGACAUGGUCUCAAGCAUCCUGGGAAUUCUGUGGACCGUGGGACCAGCGGCGACUUCCAGUACGACGCGUCCUUGUCAGCAGCCGGCGGCCGGUCCGGGACGUCGACACCGACAGUCAUGUUUGACGGAGGCGGCCACGAGUACGUCCCCCCUCCUUCCCGAUAUCACGGCGGCGUCCUAUCAUCUCUUCUCAAGCUGUACAACAACAACUCCGGUCUCACUUCGGGAAACACCUCGGGGCGUAGCACGCCCGCAGAGACGCCGGCAUCGUCCCGGCCACCAUCGCCGAACCCCCAGGACGGUCCUGGCAGCAGCGGCACGUUGACACCCAAUAACAAGCGGCUCAGCGGCAUCUUCGGCGCGAAGCACGGCAAAUCUGGGCUUCCGGGACCGCCGGGACAGCCUUGGAAGAACCAAAAGCACGCAAGCUCGACAACCAGCCUGUCGGCCGGACUGCUGGGGACAUCGUCGAUGCUGGCAUCGGCGGGCUCGGCCGACAUCGGUCAAGCGGUGACGGAACGGGUGAAGCGCGAGCGGCCUGGGCUGAAGCGCAACCGACCCUCGGGAAGUCUGUUCGGCGUGGGACCACCCAAGCUGCGCAAGGAGGGCGGCAGUGGCGGUGGUGGCAACGGUAACGGUCAUCACGGCGGCAGCAGCAGCGGACGGCGGCGGCGAGAGGAGGAGAUCCGCAUCACGGUGCACAUUGCACACGUUUUGAGUCGGCACCGGUAUCUGACGAAGCUGUGCCGAGCGCUGAUGAUGUACGGAGCGCCGACGCACCGGCUGGAGGACUACCUCAAGAUGUCGUCGCGGGUGCUGGAGAUCGAGGCGCAGUUCCUGUACAUCCCGGGCUGCAUGCUGGUCAGCUUCGACGACAGCAGCACGCACACGGCCGAGGUGAAGCUGGUGCGGGCGCCGCAAGGCGUGGACCUGGGCAAGCUGCGGGAGGUGCACGGGAUCUACAAAGAGGUGGUUCACGACCUGAUCAGCGUGGACGAGGCAUCGUCGCGGCUGGAGGCGGUGAUGGGACGGCGGCCCAAGUUCAACUCGUGGAUCCGGGUGCCGGUGUACGGACUGGCAUCGGUGUGCGUGGCGCCGUUUGCUUUUCAGGGCCGGUUCAUCGACCUGCCGGUGGCAUUUGUGCUGGGCUGCAUCGUGGGCCUGCUGGCGCUGGUGGCGGCUCCGCACAACGCCAUGUACGCCAACGUGUUUGAGAUCUCGGCGGCGGUGAUCACAUCCUUUCUGGCGCGGGCAGCCGGCUCGAUCGACAACGGGAAAAUGUUUUGCUUCUCAGCACUGGCGCAGUCGUCCAUCGCGCUGAUCCUGCCGGGAUAUAUGGUGCUGUGCAGCAGCCUAGAGCUGCAGAGCCAGAGCAUCGUGGCCGGUUCCGUGCGUAUGAUCUACGCCAUGAUCUACACCCUUUUUCUUGGCUAUGGCAUCACCAUCGGUUCGGCCGUCUAUGGCGCCAUCGACAGCGGUGCCACCAGCGCAACCUCGUGCACCAACGCGCUCAGCCGGCCGUGGUACUUUCUCUUUGUUCCCCUCUUCACUCUCUGUCUCUGCAUCAUCAACCAGGCCAAGUGGAAGCAGGUCCCGAUCAUGCUCGCCAUCUCUGUCGCCGGCUUCGCCGUCAACACCUAUGCCUCCAUGCACUUCAGCAGCAACGCCCAGAUCCCCAACACGCUCGGCGCCCUCUGCAUCGGUGUCUUUGCCAAUCUGUAUGCCCGCCUCAGCCGUUACUUUGAGCGUUUCUUCCUGCUGCUCUGGGCUGGCUACCUCGAACCCGUUGCCCGCCGUCUGAAAGGCACAGACGACCGCCGUGGCCGUCGGCGCUGGCGUGCCGGCCACUGGCACGGCAUCAACAGCCAUCCCAGCAGUAGAGAGCAGUCGCGCAACCCUGUCGGCCAGGACGACUUUUUUGACAUGCCGCCCUACAACAAGCGUCUGGAAGGAGAGGGGGCAGACAUGCGCGCGGCAACGGCAACGGCAACGGCACCGGCACCGGAACCAGCAUCGGAAUCCCCAGCAGAAACAGGGGCAGGGCCGAGAGAAGGGAACGAGGAAGACGAGGCGGCGGCCAGAAACAGGCCCACAGACCGCAGCGAGGCUGUUGCGGCCGGAGUGGCUGCCGAGGCCGCCGCAGCCGCUGCAGCCGAGCGCAAGGCCCCAGGCAGCGCCGAGGUGAUGGGCUACGGCCUCGCAGCUGCAGCCAUGCUGCCAGCCAUCUUCGUGCAGGUGCCGUCUGGCCUGGCCGUGAACGGAUCGCUGCUGUCGGGCAUCAGCGCAGCCGACCAGCUAACCGGCAACUCCUCAAUCACGGCUGGCGGGACAGUCACGUCCUCAACCAACAACAGCGUUGCCUUUUCGGUGCUGUACAGCGUGAUAGAGGUGGCCAUCGGCAUCACCGUCGGGCUCUUUCUCAGCGCGCUGAUCGUGUACCCACUAGGAAAGCGGCGCAGUGCGCUGUUCAGCUUCUGA